AUGCUACUUCCAAUAUUACUCAUUUAUUUUUCAAUUCCUCAGAUAUUUUGUUUUUUCGAGGAUAAAAGUUUGUAUAAUGAAACUUAUUAUGAUUAUUUGAAAGCUCAAAAAAGAUUAUUCAAUGAUUUAUUUACGGAUUAUGAUGCUGGAAUUUCACCAGUGUUUACUAGAAGUUAGUGGAAGUUCAUAGAGUUUUUAUUAGAGCACGUUUUCAAUUGAGCCAAGUUAUUAAAGUAGUUUUCUUUCAAGACAUUUUUUCAAUAAAAGUUUGCAGAUGUUUAUAGUCGAACCGAUGAUCCUUUAGUUCGCGGAACUCAACCAUUUCUUUGGAAUUAUACAUUAUUUCUAUAUUAUUUCAAACUCGUCGAAGUUGAUGAACCAUCGGAAAAAGUUGGGGUUGUUUUAGAAAUUAUGGAGGUAAAUAAACCAGAUAAUUUUAUUUUCAUCCAUCAAUUUUGAAUUAUCUAAUUCAGUAUUGGUAUGAUGCUCGACUUGCUUGGAAUGUUUCCAACUACAAUAAUAUUUCAAUGAUUUAUGUUCGUCAGGAAAAAGUUUGGAGUCCAACAUUCUCAACAUUUGCGGUGUAUGUUUUUUUUUUGAAAAUGAAAAAAAUUCCAAUUUUUUUUAGAAAUGAUAUUCAAGAUUUUCGCGAUCAAGAUUUCCGAUUGGUUGGAAUUAUGCCUGAAGGAUUAGUUUAUAGUUAUAUUCCAGCAAGAAUUUCAGCAAAUUGCAGAUUAGAUGUAUGUAUUUUAGGAUAUUUUUAGAUGUACCUAUUUUCAAAAUUCUAUACAUACAAUAAAUAAUUUUUGCAGGUAUCCCAUUUUCCAUUUGACACUCAAACUUGUCAAAUUCAAAUCAGUCUACCAAUUUUCGAUAAUCGAGAAGUCAAAAUUUUGAAUGAGAUUUAUAGUGGAGUUUUAGAGCCAUCAAAGUUUGAACAAAUGGGGAACUCGGAAUGGCGGAUUUUGAAUUUAUCAGCAAGUUUAGAAGCGUUGAGGUUUACUGAUGCUUUUGGGAAUAUUCAAUUGGUAAUUUAAUUUUUCAAAGAUCAUUCUCGAAAUUUAAAAAAACUGAAUUGAACCGAAUUUCAGAAAUUUUUAGACUUCUGGUUGUUUCUGAUGACCUUUAAACGCUUCUCUUGAGCUCACAAUAUUAGAAGAAAUCAGACUACAGUAACCCCUAAAAACCAAUAGUUUUCCAGAGUAUAUUUGAGAUCAAAAUGAAAAGAAAUCCAUUAUAUUACAUUUAUAUGAUUGUCUUUCCAUCUUUCAUAAUUAAUUCGCUAUCAAUAAUUGGAGUUUUUAUUAUGGAAUCGGAUAAAAUGUCAAGGGCAAGUUUUAAUUUCAUUUUUUUCAGCUGUUUCUGUGGAUACAAAAUGAAUUCUCAACAAAAAAAAAUCUAAUUUUAGCUAAAUGUUGGAUUGACAAAUAUAAUGACAAUGACGUUUAUUCUUGGAGUUAUGGCUGAUAAAAUUCCGAAAUCUGGAGAAGUUCCACUUCUUGGAAUUUAUAUAAUUGUAAAUUUAUUAAUUAUGAUUUUCGCGAUAAUGGUAACAAUUAUGUUGAAUCGAUUGAGAAAAUGGAUUGUUAGGGAUAAAAAAGAUCGGUGAGUUGAAAGAUCAGAAACUUCCAGAACAUUUCAAAAAUUUCAGAGUUUUCAGUUCGAAGAGCAGCAAAUUGGAAGAUUUUGUUGGCAGACCUUUUGAGAUGAUUUUGAUAACUGUUUUGCAUUUAGUAAAUCUCGCAAAUUUCGGGAUGAUUUUAGUGUAUUGGUAUAUAACAUAA